GCGAUAUUACUUCUAUUAUUCCCAGUCUAGAAAACCUUGAUAUUGACACCGACAGUAUAAUAAAAUUCAGCUUGCGCAUACAAGUCUACUUUCACUCCAUUCAGUUUUUUAAAGAACACGUAAAAUCUCGGUAUUCCAAGUAAAAUAAUUUAAUUUACUAAGAUUACUUAAAAAAAUUUAGGCUUAUUUAACUCACUCUAAUUUUUACAUAGUAUUUUAAAGCUUGUGAUGUUGAUUAAUAUAUAAACAAUUAUAGAAUAAUGGCUGAUACAAAUGACCCAGUAAUUUCAAUCAAGGAGGGCAAGAUUAGAGGAUUUAAAGGAACAAAUUAUGAUGGUGAAACAAUUUAUGAAUUUCUGGGAAUACCUUAUGCCAAACCUCCAGUCAACGAAUUGAGAUUUAAGCCUCCAGAGCCUAUAGGACCAUGGAAUGAUGUUAGAGAUGCUACAAAACCUGGAAAUCCAAGUAUAUCUAGAGACGAUCUAACUAGAGAGCUGGUUGGAAAUGAAGAUUGCUUAUUUGUAAAUGUUUACACAAAAUAUCUAUCCAAACACACCUUAACUUUAAAGCCUGUCAUGGUAUAUAUCCAUGGAGGUGGUUUAACAAUUGGAUCAAGUAGACCAGGACUCUACGGUCCAGAAUUUUUGCUUUUGCAAGACAUAGUUUUGGUAACUUUCAAUUACCGGUUAGGUGUUUUAGGGUUUUUGAGUUUAAGUGACGAAUCUUUGGGCGUCCCAGGCAACAAUGGUUUCAAAGAUCAAUGCAUGGCCCUGAAAUGGGUUCAGAAGAACAUCAAAAACUUCAGUGGGGACCCAAAUAAUGUAACGAUCUUUGGUGAAAGCGCUGGGUCUGCAUCAGUUCAUGCUCACGUACUGUCUCCAGCGUCAAGAGGCUUAUUCCACCGAGCUAUACUCCAAAGUGGAUGCUGUCUCAAUUCAUGGGUUUGGGGAAGCAAGGACAAUGCCAGGAAUUUAGUGAAGUUGAUGGGAAAGGAUGCUAAAAAUGAUAAAGAAGCUUUGGAAAUACUAAAAACGGCACCUGCUCUGGAUAUUUUUAAUGCUCAAGAAAAAAUGGGAGAUGUACUUUUUCCAGCAGAAAACAGACCUUUCUCUGUAGUAGUAGAAACACCGAAUCCAGAUGGAUUUCUGACCAAAUCACCGGUAGGCAUAAUGAAAGAAGGAAGCUAUAACCAGGUCCCCCUGGUUUUUGGAUACACAGACACGGAAGGCAUGUUGUACGACCUAGACAAGAUGGUAAUGAAACAGUUUGGAAUUCCUGUACCUGAGACCAAGAUGGAAAAAUACAUUCCUUACGAGUUAAAUGUACCAGCAACCGAGACAAAGACAAUUUGUGAUAAACUCGAGAAAUUAUACAAAAAUGAGAAAAAUUCUCGUCGAUAUGAUGAAGCUACUGACAGCUGUUUUCUGGUAGGAAUCAUUGAAUCUAUUAAAAUGCAUCUGGCUACAGCUCAAAAUCCAAUUUAUCUGUACAGAGUCUCGAUUUGUACUCAGUUGAACCAUUUAAAGCGUUUAAUGAAGAAAAUAAAUGAUCCAGGUGUAAGUCAUGCUGAUGACUUGGGCUACCUGUUUCACACCGAUAUAACUCCCGACAUUCAAAAAAAUAGUCUGGAAGAAAGGUCGAUGAAAACUUUCGUGCGAUUGUGGACGAAUUUUGCUAAAUUUGGCAACCCCACACCUGGAGACGAUUUACAAAUCACAUGGGAACCCCUCAGGAAUGGGUCUAACUUAAAAGUUCUGGAUAUAGGAGAAAAGUUGGUUUUUAAGGAUAUACCUGAGAGCGGGAGACUGGAUGUUUGGAAGCAAAUACUGAGUAAAUUUCCUUUUGUUAGGUUUGGUUAUAUAAAUCAAAACUAAAUUGUUUAUUGUUAUUGUUAUUGUUAAAUUCGUGUUUUCUUUAAAGUUUAAAGACUAUUUUGUUAAGGAGUUAUAAAAAUUAUAAUUAAUAAUAAUAAAUUUCUGUAUGAAAAGCAGAUAUUUAUAUUCUUACAGUGGCUUUACAAUUUACAAUUAGAUAAUCUGAAUUGGUUCAAUGCUAGAUAUUUUUCUAAUUUUAAUAAUACGAAUAUAUACCUUUUCUA